UCUUUUUCCCCCCCUUUUUUUCUCCGGCCAACCGCGCCGCUUGGCGCUAGGUACAAAUGGGGGAACCGGGAGUCCUCCGAAAGGGCGGCUCGCAUUUCGACACGGGGGGUUGUUGGCGGUAAAGAGAAAAACGAAGCAAAAACACGCCGCGAGAGAUGCGGGAUCCUGCAGGGGAAAUCGGCUGGGUCGUGACUGUUGGACAGCCCACUUUGGAGCCACUAAGCCCAGGAGUCACGCGUGUUUUAGAGGACGAGAAGGACAAGGAGGAAAAGAGCCCAUUGGUCAUGGAGGCAAUUCAUCUAGAUGAAAAACCUCCCUCGAAUGCUGAAAACUCAUUUAAAAAACACGAGAGCAACAAAAAAGGAGCACUUACAGAUAUUGAAAAGCUUUAUCAAGCAGUACCUCAGCUUGCAAAUGUGUUCAGAAUCAAAGGGAAAAUUGGUGAAGGAACUUUUAGUUCUGUUUACUUGGCAAUAGGCCAUCUACGAGGAGGCCGUGAAGAAAAAGUGGCUCUGAAACACUUGAUUCCUACCAGUCAUCCUGUACGAAUUGCCGCUGAACUUCAGUGUCUCAUAAUAGCAGGAGGACAAGAUAAUGUCAUGGGAGUUAAAUAUUGUUUUAGAAAAAAUGAUCACGUGGUAAUCGUUAUGCCUUAUCUGGAACAUGAAUCAUUUUCGGACAUCUUGGAUUCUCUCUCAUUUGAAGAAGUAAGAAACUACAUGUUUAACCUCUUGAGAGCUUUGAAGCGCAUUCAUCAUUUUGGUAUUGUUCAUCGUGAUGUCAAACCCAGUAAUUUCCUGUACAACAGGCAACUGCAACAAUAUGCGUUGGUUGACUUUGGCUUGGCACAAGGAACUCCUGAGACAAAAGUGGAACUUCUUAAAAUUAUUCCAUCGGAAACUCAGCAAAGGAGUUCUGCAUACCACAAAUCUCCGUUAACCAUGGGGAGCCAAGUUACUUCCCCAACAUCAAGGCAGCUCGUUCAUCAGUCAGCUACAAAAACAGCUAAUAAAAGGCUUUCUUCCAUUUCACAAACACAGAUUAAACAAGGACACAAAAGAAAGGAGGAUCCAGACUGUCAUUGUGUUCAGCGUUCGGUUUUUGGGGAGAAAAAUUUCAACGUCCGAAGCUCAGCAUUUCAAGGCCGUUCCACAGUUAAAACGUCAGCAGGUUGCCCCAAGGGCAGGUACUCCUGGAUUCAGAGCACCAGAAGUAUUAACAAAGUGCCCUAAUCAAACUACAGCAAUUGACAUGUGGUCUGCAGGAAUUAUCUUUCUCUCUCUGUUGAGUGGUCGGUAUCCAUUUUACAAGGCUAGCGAUGAUUUAACAGCUUUGGCGCAGAUCAUGACUAUUCGUGGCUCCAGAGAAACCAUUCAAGCUGCUAAAACAUUUGGUAAAUCAAUCCUGUGUAGCAAAGAAAUCCCAGCACAGGAUUUAAAGAAACUCUGUGAAAGGCUGAGGGGGAAAACUACCAACUUUGACAACUCGGCAGGUGAUGUACAGAUGCAUCCUUCUCAAGAAUUUCCUUUAACAGUUGGAAUAGGCAACGUGUCAGAUUCUGCCUUUCAUGCAUCCAAAAAGCACAUACAAUAUCAAAAACAAAGCACUCACGAAGAUGGUGGUAAAGAAAAGAAAACUUUACAAAAGUCAUCUGAUCCCAAAGGAUGGGAUAGAGUUCCUAAUAGCGCCUAUGAUCUCCUUGAUAAACUAUUGGACUUAAGUCCUGCUACAAGAAUGACAGCAAAGGAGGCUUUGCUGCAUCCCUUUUUCAGAAACGUGAAGCAAUAAAAAGACUUGACACUCUA